UGCCCCAAUAAGGCUGGCUGCCCUGGGGCCUGCGUUUGCCUCCACUCCCAAGACACCUCUCUGACUACUCAGCACUGAAUCCCUGCUAAGCAGCCAUGCCACCGUACACCAUUGUCUACUUCCCAAGUCGAGGGCGGUGUGAGGCCAUGCGCAUGUUGCUGGCUGACCAGGGCCAGAGCUGGAAGGAGGAAGUGGUUACAAUAGAUACCUGGAUACAAGGCUUGCUCAAACCUACUUGUCUGUAUGGGCAGCUCCCCAAGUUUGAGGAUGGAGACCUCACCCUUUACCAAUCUAAUGCCAUCUUGAGGCACCUUGGCCGCUCUUUGGGGCUUUAUGGGAAGGACCAGAGGGAGGCUGCCCAGUUGGAUAUGGUGAAUGAUGGGGUGGAGGACCUUCGCUGCAAAUAUGUCACCCUCAUCUACACCAACUAUGUGAGCCUGGAUUCUGGGGAGUGGGGGUUGGGUGGCGAUCAGCAAAGGAGCUUUGUGUAUUUCUGCCUCCCUAGUUUCCUUUCCUGAGUUGGAGCCCAAAGUAGGGUAGGGCAGUCUGGGGCAGUGUAAAUUGGACCAAUAAACAGCUUCAGGUAGGGUCAGGGGGUGCAGAUAGUUAAAGUGUGUGUGCCCUCAUGUGUGUGNGUGUGUGCAUAGGG